CCCGGACCCUGCAUUCACUAUAUCUGGUCUCCCCGGACCCUGCAUUCACUAUAUCCGGUCUCCCCGGACCCUGCAUUCACUAUAUCCGGUCUCCCCGGACCCUGCAUCCACUAUAUCUGGUCUCCCCGGACCCUGCAUUCCCUAUAUCUGGUCUCCCCGGACCCUGCAUUCCCUAUAUCUGGUCUCCCCGGACCCUGCAUUCACCAUAUCCGGUCUCCCCGGACCCUGCAUUCACUAUAUCUGGUCUCCCCGGACCCUGCAUUCACUAUAUCUGGUCUCCCACAUGGCUGCAGUCUAUGGGCCAUAGCACACAUCACCCCCACACUUAAAAAGCCCUCCCUGGACCCCAAUGACCCGAACAACCUCAGAGCCAUCUCCCUGCUCCCAUUCACAUCCAAACUCCUCGAGCACCUAGUCUAUAUCCGCCUUAUGCUCUCACCUCAACGACAACAACCUCCUCGUCCCCUACAGUCUGGCUUCCGUCCCCUACACUCCACCGAAACUGCCUUACUCAAACUCUCC